AUGAGAUUUCUUAAAAGAUCUAAUAAGCGCAAAACAUUCCGCCGUGUAGGUGAUGAUGGUGGUGGUGAUAAUGAUCAGGUGGAGAAGGAGUAUGGAAUCAAUGGGGAAUCAUCGACAGCUAGUUUAACAGUGUGGAGAAAAUCACAAGUUUUCAAUUGUAAUGGGUUUACAGUGAUCGAUUCCAGUGGCGACAUAGUCUACCGUGUCGAUAAUUACAUUGGAGAGGGAAGCAAAGAGAUACUUCUCAUGGAUGGUUUAGGAAAAGCUGUAUUCACCAUUUGUCGGCAGACCAAACUUGGCAUUUUCGCUAAUUGGCAUGUGUUUGAAGGCGACAUCCACAAUGACAGCACGGAAAGCUGUACAGAGACAAGGUUUCCAAUAUGCAUAGCAAAGAGAUGUAAUGAUCUACUGAAAAUUGCAAACGUUCCAGGUGCGUUAGCUCAAGUAGUGCUUUACCAAUCCGGCCGAAAGAGUUGUGUUUACACAAUUGAAGGUUCUUAUAAGAAUCGGUCAUGUAGGAUAUUAGACAAGACUAGGGAGGUGGCCGCAGAGAUCUCAAGGAAGGAAGCAAAGAUAGAAGGUAUCUCAUUUGGGGAAAAGGUUUUUCUUUUAAUCGUGCGGUCCGGAUUUGAUCAUGGAAUUGCCAUGACAAUGAUUUUACUACUUGAUCAAAUGUUCUCCUAG